UAGAAGUGUGUGUGCCACGGCAGCGCGUUGAACACCGUCCCCUCUCUCUCCCCCCACUGCAUGUUCCGCAAUCGUUCGUCGUCGCCUUGCGAAAAGGAGUAUUCAAUCGUAUUUAAUACCUGAAAAUUGUCGUCAUAACGCCGCCCCCACGCCCCCGCAAGUGCUCAAAACAACAGUAAUUGUUCAGUGAAUUAAUCGUAUAAUUAACUAUCGGUAAACAAGGGGGAGGGGGGGAGGCUCGUCGGACUGCAAUCGGUUUUUAAAAUGCCGAACAAAGGGAAUCGGGGUGAAAUGCAAUAAAUCGCUCGUUUCGGUGAUUUGUUUGACAAGUUUCUUGCGCUUUUUUGUGCUGCACUGAGGAGACACUGUUGGCAGCCCAAACCGGAGCAUGAGAUAAAAUGGAUUUUAAGAGUGCGGUGUACAUCGCUGCCAGGGACGGAAAACUCAAGCGUCUCAAGGUGUUUCUGGAGCAUCGAGAUAAGCAUGAGGUAGGACAACUGGUGAGCGCCAAGACCCAUGGCGCUACACCACUGGUUAUGGCCUGCAGGAAUGGACAUUACGAUGUGGCUGAGUAUCUGAUUGAGAAGUGCGGGGCUGAUAUUGAACAGCCUGGAUCAGUUGUCUUUGACGGUGAGACGAUAGAGGGUGCACCUCCACUCUGGUGUGCAGCGGCUGCUGGUCAUCUAGCUCUUGUCAAAUUGCUCGUCAAACGGGGAGCGAGAUUGAAUUCAACGACAACGACAAAUUCAACGCCUCUGAGGGCGGCUUGCUUCGAUGGACACUUCGAAAUUGUUAAAUUUCUGGUUCAGCAUGGGGCUGACAUCGAAGCAGCGAAUCGUCACGGUCACACCUGCCUGAUGAUCGCCUGCUACCGUGGCCACAUCAGAAUAGCCAAGUACCUCCUAGCCCUGAAAGCCGACACCAACCGUAAAUCCGUCAAAGGUAAUACAGCUCUCCACGACUGCGCAGAGAGUGGCUCCCUGGAGAUAUUGAAGAUACUCCUGGACCAUGGGGCCCGGAUGGAGGUGGACUCCUACGGAAUGACUCCUCUCCUCGCAGCGGCUGUGGCUGGUCGGACCCACAUCGUCGAGCAUCUCAUCGGGAUUCCUCAUCUGGUGAAUCGUAAGGAGAGGAUCGAUGCUCUUGAACUCCUGGGGGCGACGUAUGUCGACAAGAAACGAGAUAUGAUCCUGGCGUUGGAGUAUUGGAAGAGAGCCAUGGAGGAGAGGUACAGGGGGGAUGGACCUGUCAUCGAGAAACCACCUAGACCACCUGUGGUGGCUGCUUAUGAUUAUGCACAAGAGGUCUCAGAACCAGAGCAGCUUGAUGAACUACUGGCAGAUCCUGACGAGAUGAGAAUGCAGGCAUUGGUAAUAAGAGAGAGAAUUCUCGGUCCUGCACAUCCAGACACUAGUUACUACAUAAGGUAUCGUGGGGCUAUCUAUGCUGAUGCUGGCAAGUUUGAGAGGUGCAUUGAACUGUGGAAUUACGCACUGGAUAUGCAGCAGAGCAUGCUGGAGCCGUUGAAUCCCAUGACCCAGAGCUCGUUGUUCAGUUUUAUUGAGUUAUUUAGUUUUAUGGUUGGUGAGGAGGGGAGACAGACGGGGAGGGGGAGGAGAAUACCACCGGUGCAGAGGGAGGAUCUUAUGAGGGUGUUUAAAAAAGCUGUUAUGGAAGUUAAACUGGGAAAGCAGAUGUUGGACAAGGUACCCAACUGUGACCGUGACCUCACGAAUUUAAACAGGAUACUUAUUAUCACUCUUCAUCUCGCCUGUCUGUUGACGAGAGAAAUGCCGGAAGUUGGGUCUGAGGAGUAUGUCAAUCUUCAUCGGGCUAUCCACGAGUUGGUUCGAAUUAAUGCCAAAGAUAAAGGAGGACGAGAUGUUCUCCAAAUGACCCACAACGUGGACGCCUCGAUAGCAGGCAGUUACCCAGCCUGCAAGUUGACAUCCCCUCAACUGACAACAGCUCUCCUCCGGGCAGGCUCCGAUCCAACAGCCACUGACGACGAGGGCAACACAGCAUUGCACCUCACUGCAAUGUCCCACCCCUGGAGAACAGACCUGGCAACACUUCUUCUCAAAGCAGGUGCCCACAUCGACGCUGUCAACAACGAGGGCCAAACCUACCAGAGCCUGCUCGAUGACAAGGCCAAAUACGACUCGUUAAAUCCCCUCAAGUAUACGACAUUGAAGUGCUUAGCUGCAAGAGUCAUCAGGAGAACAGCCAUUCACAUCAACAGGGUACCCUGGCAUCUUCGUGAAUUUGUCACCCAACACUAGUUCUCGAAUGCUCGUGCGGAUUCACUCUAGUCCGACUGCUCUAAAUAAAUCGUCGCCUCUCUUUUUUUUAUACUUCUUCUGUUUAUUUUUUGGCAGCCAUACUUAUCUGUGUAAUAAAGCUAUGAUGAUGAUGAUGA